UGUUUGGGACCUUCAUCCAACACUAGACUGAUAGCCUAGGUAAGGUCUGAAAGGUUUCUAUUCGACAUGUUCACAUACAAAGCACAGUGCAGCUGCCUUCGCUUCACAAGUAAGAUGAUCUUCUUGUGGUAUGUCUGUAGCUUGUGUUGCUUGCAUGCUGCUGCAUCUGUUCCCCGCUGGAUUCAUCCAAUCUGAGCAGAAGCCAACUGCAACACCCCCAUUGCAGGCACACAAAAGAAAAGUGUAAUUGACUGAUGUUUUUUGCUCUGCUUUUUGGAGGGUGGAAAUCGGACUGUUGAGGCUUGGGUUUAACACUUUUGGGCAGAUUAGGCGGAGACUCGGAGUUCUGGCUAGAUGUAUAUGGGAUAGCUUGUAGAUAAUUACCAGAGAAAGGGAACGAGCCAUUGAUAAACCCUCUGUCCACUUAUGUUUCCCACGGGAUCCAGCCUAUUCGCCGCAGAACGCCCUUUCACCUUGGAAGGAGAGUGCAGCCUGCCAUCCCAUGCCUUCCCCAACCCAAGGCCCCUAUGAGAGAGGCCUUUAAAUAGGAGGGGAUUUGAUCAAACAAUCCAGCUCUCUAAGCCAGGAUGGAGAGUGGACCAGGACAGGGAGCGGGGUCAGGCUCGAGCCAGGCUGUGGAGGCUGAGCCCCCCACACAGCGGAUGACUUCUCCAAUCGGGAGAGGAAGGAAUGCAGGGCUGGCCUCCUGCAAGCACAACGGUCUGAUCAACACCCGCAGCUUGAUGGUAGAGACUAAAGAAGGGCUGGUGUCGGUGUACUCGGCCCCCCAGUACCAGGGUCACAUGGUGGUCAACCUGUCCCCUCAGCAGGAGCAGAAUGGUCAGGGGGUAGGCGGAGGAGGGGGACCCCCACAGCUGCUCAACCCCAGCGCUCUGCCCCAGGGCAUGGACCCCCGCUUCAGGCCCAACCUGAUCCUGUACUCUGAAAACAUGCUGCGGGCCUGGGGGGAUGGAGGAGUCGGGGAUUGCUGUGAGACCACCUUCAUAGAGGACUUGGCAUCCGGCUCCUCUGCUGCCUCCAAGGAUGGGCUGAUGUUUUCCGAUGGAAAGUUCCUGGAACUGUCUGUGGAGGAUGCAAAGAUCCAGACCCUGUCUUAUGACAUUGACGAUGAUGAUGAGUUCCAAGAGCUGGAGAGCGAGUACUCGAGCGACUCGGAGAGUGAGGACAACUUCCUCAUGAUGCCACCAAGAGACCACUUGGGCCUGAGCGUCUUCUCCAUGGUGUGCUGCUUCUGGCCCCUGGGGAUCGCUGCCUUCUACCUGUCCCACGAGACGAACAAGGCAGUAUCUAAGGGGGACUUCCACUUGGCCAGCUCCAGCUCCAGACGUGCCCUCUUCCUGGCUGUGCUGUCAAUCACCAUCGGGACAGGCAUAUAUGUGGGCCUGGCUGUAGCACUCAUCGCAUACCUCUCCAAGAACCACCACUUGUAGCCUUGCCCUGGCCCCACCCCCUGCACUACAGGACUGAUUGCGCUGGGGGAGUGGUUCACUUGGGGGCAGUUUAACAAUGGAAUUUAGGCCUGCAAACUAUGGGACUAUCAGGAUGAACAGAACCUGGCCAUAUGGUUGACUCAAUUCAUGGGAUGUAACAUAAGAGGGUUAUGAUAUGGAAAAUAGUCUUGUAAUGGUCAAGUCAUUCUCUCAUUUUGACAAAGAAAAACUGGAAACUCUUAGUCGUUCCAUACGCAACUGAAUAUUUUGUUCUUCAGAUGUCUAAAAUUGGUGUGUGAGUUUUACCAAGGCAAGACACAUCCUUUGAGAGGUCAGACCAACCUGCACUAAAUAUUACCUGUACCAAGGGCAUAGUGUUCGUUUACGGGGCAUGCUCUCUGCUCUGUUAACAGUUAGUUGUGGAGUGGGCUGCUUUAUGUUCAGCUACAUUUACCACACUUAUCAGUCACAUUUGGCAGCUCCUGUCGAGUAUAAAGAGGGUGGAUAAAAGUGCUUUUAAAGCUGUCACUCAUCCAUACAUUCAACCUGUACACAUGUAUUCUACAUCACAUUGAAUUGAUCUGUGGAAGUCGCAUAGUAGACACUGCAGCUCACUUAUUAAGUAAGGUGAUGGUCUAUAUACUGCACUCUAAUACAGUAUCUUGGUGGUCCUAUUAUCUCAAGGGAGAACUGAUGUGUCCUCACGGCACAAUAUUUUUUAACACAUGCCACACACCUGAAAUGUGGAGCUUUGUUGUAAACCCUACGACAACAUGCUUUUGUGUUUCGUCAGGGAGAUCAAGUGCACAGGCUUGCAGCUCUCUGACAGAACCUGCUUACACAGAGAUACCUCCAUGUUGAUAGGCACAAAUCACUAAGGAAGAGAAAGCAGACGAGUCUUUGGAGGCAGAAGCCAUGCUGUAAAUACCUCGAUACAUGCCUAACUGCAAUGUAUGGGUGGCACGUAGCCUAGCAGUUAAGAGCGUUGGGGCGGUAACCAAAAAGGUUGCUGGUUCGAAUCCCCGAGACGACUAGGUGGGAAAAUCUGUCUAUGUGCCCUUGAGCAAGGCACUUCACCCUAAUUGCUCCAGAAUUGCCAUCAAUAAUGGCUGAUCUCUGGCUGUGACCCCACUUUCCGAGGGUGUCUCAGGGGGAGUGAGUUAUGCAAAAAACACAUUUCCAAUUCACACAUAUGUAUAAUACACACUUGUACAUGUGUGAAGUAGGACAAAUGUAAUUAUUAUUAUGUCAAAACUGUCAAUUUUGGGGGGAAACUCAUUGGACUCAGUGUUUGACAUAAAAGUGCUUGCAAAUUAAAUGUAUUUCCAUUAAAAUGGCUGAUUUCACA